CACCAUUCUCUCUCUACCUCUGCCUCCCCCUCUCUCUCUCUCUCUAGCUCGCGCUCUCUGAGGAGGAGGUAGAAGGGCUCGCGGUCGAAGAGAGGUAGCGUCGUCGUCGUCGUCGUCCGUCGUUGCGGCUUCGUCUCGAUCAAAGCUCGGAGAGAUGGCAAAGAACGUCGGAAUCCUCGCCGUCGACAUCUACUUCCCCCCUACCUGCGUCCAACAGGAAGCAAUGGAAGCACAUGAUGGUGCAAGCAAGGGAAAAUAUACUAUUGGACUUGGACAAGAUUGUAUGGGAUUUUGUACCGAAGUCGAAGAUGUCAUCUCAAUGAGUUUGACGGUUGUUUCAUCCCUCCUUGAGAAGUAUGGGAUUGAUGCUAAACAAAUUGGUCGUCUAGAAGUAGGCAGUGAGACUGUCAUUGACAAGAGCAAAUCCAUCAAGACUUUCCUCAUGCAAAUUUUUGAGGCUUGCGGUAAUACUGACAUUGAAGGUGUCGAUUCAACUAAUGCUUGCUAUGGAGGGACAGCAGCUUUAUUAAACUGUGUGAACUGGGUGGAGAGUGCUUCGUGGGAUGGUCGCUAUGGUCUUGUUGUAUGCACAGACAGUGCGGUUUAUGCGGAAGGACCAGCUCGCCCUACUGGAGGAGCAGCUGCUAUUGCUCUGCUUAUUGGGCCUGAUGCUCCUAUUGUUUUUGAAAGCAAAUUCCGGGGGAGUCACAUGUCUCAUGUCUAUGACUUUUACAAGCCCAAUCUUGCUAGUGAAUAUCCCGUUGUUGAUGGGAAGCUAUCUCAAACAUGUUAUUUGAUGGCUCUUGAUUCCUGCUACAAGCAUUUCUGUCACAAAUAUGAGAAAUUUGAGGGGAAACAGUUUUCUCUAUCUGAUGCUGACUACAUUGUGUUUCACUCCCCAUACAACAAGCUUGUGCAGAAAAGUUUUGCCCGUUUAAUGUUCAAUGACUUCUUGAGAAAUGCCAGCUCCGUGGAUGAGGCUGCCAAGGAAAAGUUGGCGCCAUUUUCAAGCUUAUCUGGCGAUGAAAGCUACCAAAGCCGAGAUCUAGAGAAGGCAUCCCAGCAAGUUGCCAAGCCCUUGUACGAUGCGAUGGUGCAACCAACCACUUUGAUACCAAAGCAAGUUGGAAACAUGUACACUGCAUCUCUGUAUGCAGCAUUUGCUUCUCUGAUUCACAAUAAGCACAGCUCACUGGGUGGCAACCGGGUGAUAAUGUUCUCCUAUGGAAGUGGUUUGAGCGCCACGAUGUUCUCAUUGAAAUUUAAUGAUGGGAAGCAUCCAUUCAGCUUGUCAAACAUUGCUGCUAUUAUGAAUGUUGACAAGAGGCUGAAGUCCAGGCAUGAGUUCCCACCAGAGAAAUUUGUCGAAACGAUGAAGCUUAUGGAGCACAGAUACGGCGCUAAGGACUUUGUGACGAGCAAGGACUGUAGCCUAUUGGCCCCAGGUACAUACUACCUCACCGAAGUCGACUCCAUGUACCGGAGGUUCUACGCCAAGAAAGCCAAGGACAGCCACUGCAAGAACGGUGCAGUCGCCAAUGGUCACUGAAGCGAACGCCAGUACAUCAGUGGCAUCCGCACGUGAAGUUGGCUCGUGUGAUUUUAGACGAUUGUUGGAAACGGCACUAAGAAGAAUUACUGUGCGUUCAUAAGUUUGUACCUAAGCACAAAUAAUUUGAUCAAGAUCAAGUCUUCUCUUUCUUUACCUAAUGAUUAGCCUUCAAUAAAAGUACCUAUUGAAGUC